AUGUCGCUCGAUACCGGCGCGCUUUUCAGCCGCCAACAAAGCGCCGAUGUCGCUGCCCUUGCCGCCGCGGUCGCUGCUUCUUCUUCCAUGCGUCAUUCUGAUUACGUCUUUGAUGCCACGUCAGAAGACGACGAAGAGGAGAUGAUCUCGCCGUUUCAGGCUGCCAACCGUGUCGCGUCGCGACACACGUCCGCCUCUGACGCUUCAUCCGCCAGGUCCGCCGCCGCGUCGCUUUCCGAAGCGCGACAACUUUGGCAAGACGAGACGAACAUGCGCCGCCACUCCCAGCCGAAGCGGGUAAAUUCACUCAAUGAUCUUUCUAACUAUGGAGGUUACAAUAAUGGCGGUUACGAUCAUGGCGGCGGCUACGACAGCGAGUUCAACGGUUACAACGCCGCUGUAGGGCAGCAGAGUCCGGCGUUUUCCCAACUUGAGCGCCAGCCGUCGUGCGGCCGCUCCUGCGGAGGCUGCGGUGCGGGCGGAAGCAUGCGCUCGUCGCGCUCCCCCUCGCCGGCUCCGUCAGUCCGAUCUGCUUCCGCCGCCGCCUUCCCUGACUUCGAGGGCGGCGAUAUCGCUAGGGGCUUCUCCGCCCUGGAUUCCGCCGAUUGCACAACCGGCGGAAGGAGCGGGCGGCGCGCGCUUCACCGCGGCGCUGGCAGCGCGCAAGAUGGAUCUACGCGGCCCGCUUUUCCAGAUUAUGACGCUUCCGCGGCCGCGACUGCAUGUGGGCUCGUUCCGUCACCAUCGCCGCCACCGCCGGGGUUGGCGCAGUGGCAGCAGCAGCAGUCGUUCUCGAGAUCUGCCUCUUACAGCCGCAACGAUUCCCGCGAAUACGAUUCCCAGCGCGACCCACGGCCUGCGCCGCGCGCGCGGUUCCCCUCCGCGCCGUCGACACCCGUCCGCCGAACGAGCCUGGACCACCGCGCGAUGAGGGCGAAUCUUCCGCACCCCGCGGACGCGUCCGCCUUUGUGGCGUCGCUCCGCGGCGGGAGUCCCGCGGACGCUCGAAGCGUGUUCACCGCGAUCGAUUCGGACAGCGAGAGCCAAUGCGACGACGGGGAGAUUGCUGACGAGGAGGGGACUGUGAAGUCGGGUUACUCGUUGCCUUCGCCACAUGACGCAGGGGCGGCGGAGGAGAGGCCAAAGAGAAUUCAUCACUUUUGCCGGCCAGUUUGUGCAAUUCCCCCAUUGGUCGAGUCACCAGCAGCCAAUCCCGAAGCAGCGUUUGCUAACACUGAGGAUUUCACUAAAGCAGGCGGUUCUGACCUGCAUUACGUCCAGAUGCAGGCUACCAAGCCGAUGGAGGAUCAGCCAAAGAUCGCCAGCAAGCUCCUCCCUCUAGACACCAAAGAGUCAUCAGUGCUCGACGUUUUGGUGGUCGGCUGUGGGCCGGCGGGCCUCUCUAUCGCGGCAGAGUGCGCAAAGCGCGGGCUCACGGUGGGGCUGGUUGGCAGAGAUGCACCGUUCGUCAACAACUACGGCGUCUGGCUCGACGAUUUUAAAGCCAUUGGGUUGGACCACUGCAUUGACCAAGUGUGGACCGACACUAUUCUAUACACAGACUCCGAUGUUCCCAUCACCACGGGGAGGGCGUAUGGCCGAGUAGAGCGCUCAAGACUCCACAACGAGCUUGUUCUGAGAUGCCAGCAGGCGGGAGUGCGGUAUGUGGAGAAGGAGGUGGAGAGCAUGGAUGACGAUGCACGGAGCAGCUCAGUGGCGUGCACUGAUGGGUCACGAAUCAACAGCAGGCUCGUUGUGGUGGCGGCUGGAGCAGCUUCUGGGAAGUUUCUCAAGUACGACAAUGACACGAGAGGGGUGGGCGUGCAAACAGCAUACGGCAUCGAAGUGGAGCUGGACUCAGCCUACCCGUACAACCCAGCCAGCAUGCUGUUCAUGGACUACCGGGACCUCCAACGCUCCAGGGAGGAGCUGGCAGCCGAAGGGGAGCUCUCCCAGCGCCCCAGCUUCCUCUACGCCAUGCCUUCCACCCCCACACGGGUGUUCUUCGAGGAGACAUGCCUGGCAUCCCGCCCUGCAAUGCCGUUUGACAUGCUCAAGACACGCCUGCGAAGCCGGCUGGCGCAGCUGGGGGUCAAAUACACCGUGACACAUGAGGAGGAGUGGUCCUACAUCCCUGUGGGCGGCUCUCUCCCUCUUACCACGCAGCAGCACCUGGGCUUUGGUGCUGCUGCGUCCAUGAUUCAUCCUGCCACAGGCUACUCCAUCACUCGCUCGCUCACCGAAGCUCCCCACUACGCCACUGCCCUCGCUGCUGCUCUGCGCUCUCCCAGCCGAACUUCACUAGAAGCUGCAACUCAAGCCUGGGACCACCUGUGGUCAGUGGAGCGCAAGAGGCAGCAAUCAUUCAUGAUAUUCGGCCUUGAGCUCAUUCUGCAGCUCGAUGCACCAGCCACCCGAGAUUUCUUCAACGCCUUCUUCAAGCUGCCCCCCAGGCUAUGGCGGGGCUUCCUGGCGUCCAACCUCUCCUCUCUCGACCUCCUCCUCUUUGCCUUCUCCACCUUCCUGGUCGCUUCCAACCCUCUCCGCUUCCGCCUUAUCAACCAUCUAAUCACCGACCCCAGCGGGGCAAACCUCAUCCGCACUUAUGCUGGAAUCAAGAACCCUCCAGCUGAGAAACAAGAGUAA